AUGAAAAGUUUAAUAAUUUUGUUGUUCGCAACUGUCAUUGCUUCUGGUGAUGCUGCUCAGAAGUGUCAAGAAGUUACAGAUCCGUGCGCUUCUGUUAGGGCAGAUGCAGCUCCCAUUUACGAGAAUGCAAAUAAUGGUUUAAAAGACGCUGAAGAAAGAUGUGAAGCUCAAUUAGAAGCUGUAGAACCGAGACCGGCAUCGGAUGGAGCCCUCAAUGAAGAACUCCGCACAAUUUCUCAGCAAUGUCAGGCUGAUCUGUCGAAUUCCAUGCAAUAUGCCGCUACAAAUCUUGGAGGCCUCGUAGGAUUAGACCCUCCUGAAAGUUAUGUAGGUAUAUUUUUACAAACUGAAAGGGAAGGUAUGAGCGCUUGUCUUGUUGAAACUGAUAGUGCGUUACUCACAAGCUAUCAAAGCAUCUUCCUCAGUUUGGAGGCUAUUGCUGAAUCCAAAAGAUUGUAA